AUGGUCCUGCUCAGGGAUGAGGUGAGGCUGUGCAGCGGGAGCCUAAAGGCAGCUGAAGCUCACUCGUCUGUCACCGAGUCACUGAUGGCAUUGCUGACCUCCCACAUUGCCUCUUUCUUCGAUUUUUCAGGUACAACAUGUUUGAUUGCCCUCCUAUCAGAUAAAGACCUCACCGUGGCCAACGUGGGUGACUCGAGAGGGGUCCUGUGUGACAAGGACGGGAAUGCCAUUCCUUUGUCUCACGAUCACAAGCCUUACCAACUGAAGGAAAGAAAGAGGAUCAAGAGAGCUGGAGGUUUCAUCAGUUUCAAUGGCUCCUGGAGGGUCCAGGGAAUCCUGGCCAUGUCUCGAUCCCUGGGGGAUUAUCCACUGAAAAACCUCAACGUGGUCAUCCCAGACCCAGAUAUCCUAACCUUUGACCUGGACAAGCUCCAGCCUGAGUUCAUGAUCUUGGCAUCAGAUGGCCUCUGGGAUGCUUUCAGCAAUGAAGAAGCUGUCCGAUUCAUCAAGGAGCGCUUGGAUGAACCUCACUUUGGGGCCAAGAGCAUAGUUUUGCAGUCAUUUUACAGAGGCUGCCCUGACAAUAUAACAGUCAUGGUGGUGAAGUUCAGGAAUAGCAGCAAAACAGAAGAGCAGUGAACCCUUUGGGGUCUCAGCUGCCUUAGACUAAAGGACUUUCAACACACUGAUCUCUUUUAAUGUAGUGCAAGGUGUGGGAGUUGCAGUAGGAUCAUCCAUCCCAGACAUGGGCCCCCUCCCUGGCAGCCUUAGGUCUGUAUGCAGUGAUGAACAGAGGGUGCUCUUGGCCAAUGUAGUUGAGAGGCUGGAAAAUGGUUUCUUCAUAUUUUCCCAGCUCUUUCAUCCAAUGUUCCAAAUAUAUAAAUAUCUAGCUGUAGAUGCACACGUAUGAAGUGAAUGGCAUGUGUGCCAUAUAGUCUCUAUUUGAAGAUUCUGUUCAAGAUCCCUUACAGGGCCUUCUCGGCAGCAGACUUUGUGUCCUCUCUUUGGAGCAGUGAGCAGGGCAGGCUCCCAGAGCUAUGGGAGACAGGCCACAGGUCACCUGUGAGUUGGGGCCUGUGUGGCAGCGCCCUUGCCGAGAGGCAGCUGUCUGAGGAUGCUCUAUCUGCCUGAGCCCAGGUUUUCUGCUCAGCAGCAGCCCAGACAGAUUUGGGAUGGUUUAUUAUUCCGCAGCCUCUCUUGGAGACUGAAGGAAGUGGGGAGGAUGAGAGCUGCCUGCACAGCAGAAAUAACCUUUUUCCCUCCCUCCCUUUAUUAGUUAAAUAGACUUUGUGUACCACCCGACCAGUCUUUGCGCGUUUAUCCUAACUGUGCAUGACCUUAACCUUUGGCUUACCCUCACCUUAGACGAGGCUGCUGUUAACUUCACCUCCAGACACCAUGAGUUUUGUCUUUCGUUACCAAGAAACCUAUUAGAGGAAAUGAAAAAAGCAAAUCACUAUACCACAAUCCCUUCCAUCUUUAAGGGCAGAUAGAGGAAAAUAAUGGCUGAAUAAGUCCCAGUGCCCCUUGGGAAGUCUGCUCUUUGCACUGGGAUAGAAAGCUGGUGAGGUGACCCCUGCGCCGAGCUCCAGCUGCCAGUUUUCGUGCAGGGUGUUUUCUCCUAGCCCAGCAGCUUUCGAGCGUCUCUUGAGCAGUGAUCUGGGGAGCAGUGGCCGGGAGCUGUAGGUUUGUUCCUUGCCGCCGAGGCCAGUGCCCAGCGCAGGUUGGAAUUUAGUGGUGAACUGCUGGGAUGUGCUGCUCUUGCAGCGGACGGGCCGCAGCCUUUAACUGUUGGUCGCAGAUUUCCCGCCGCCCCGGGCAGCUUCCCCCGCUCCUGCCCUGCGCUCAGUGCGGCAGAGUGGGUUGGAACUCAAGCUUGAACCUGUAUUGUUAAGCCCCCCAGAGUUAUCUUGGGGCCAGGCUUGCUGCUCUCCAUUUCCUAUCAACAAAGUCAUGUUUCCAAUCUCAGUAUUUUAGCAGUUAAUUGACAGAAAUGCUGGGUCAGCCUGUUUGCCUGACUGAAGUGGCUCAAACAGCCAAACAAGAUUUUCUUUGCAUUCCCAGCUCCCUUGUCUGAAAUGCCAGGGUGUCCUCCUGGUUUUGUUUUUUUGGGGUGGGCAUUUGUCGCUAGACCUUCUUGAAGGCCCCAUUCACUGGCCGCCUCCUGCCCAUGCUGUCCCUCCCCUGCCCUUCUUCAGCUGUGGAGCUUUCCAGAAGCAGCUUCCAGGAGAGAACGCGAGAGGAUGAAAAGCUUCCGUUGUGGCUGCCGAGGACCGCAGUCUGUUUAGAUUCCUCCAAGCACUUAAUUUUGUUUGAUUGUAAUGAGAGUUAACAAUGAUUUCCCAAGAACUUUGCUUACUUUUGUAAACUGUGACAUUAGGAUUUCCAAUAUUAGAAUUAGAACCCUGGUUAUUUAUUUUUUUAGCCAUAGAAUGUUCUAGACAAGAUAUCUGCCACCAUUUUAGAUUGAAGUGUUUGUCGAAAGACACUGAACAUUGGGAUGUGUCAUUUGGGGUGGGGGUUGGGAGGGAAUGUGGGGAACAUAGGGGUUGUGAUCAGUAAUGGGACAGUCAAGCCUGGUGGCCUGAGUGUUCCUGGGGAUUCAGGACAUCCUGACUCGGGGAGUUACCAAACCCCACAUCUAACUGACGUUCAGGACUAAGCAGCCUCAGCAUUUCAUGGUACACAGUCAUUUUCCUUCUUCAUUUUUAACUUAACCCCAAAAUCCAUAAGAAGGGAAAGACAUUUUUAAAUUCCUGUGAUGAAUGUUAUUGUCUAAAAUGAAAAUAGUAAUGUUCUGGUGAAGUUGAAAAGCAAAGCUACUAAAUUAGUAAAUUAGUGUUUAUUUACCCUGCAAAAUGUCGUAACAGACGGUGCUGAGUGCAGGGGCGCGUGACUUUCCCUCUAGUUCAGGUUCACAGGCAUCUUCUAAAUUUUGCUUUGUAGAAUUAAUCCAUUUCUGACUUUAACCAAGUACUGUGGGUAUUUCCUAGUCCCUUUCUGCCUCUUUUCCUCCCGCUUUGGCUUGUAGAUUUUUUGAAGAUAGAAGUUUGAGAAGUAGAGUUGAUUAGUAGUUAGGUCUACAGUCCGAGUCCUCUGCUGCCUUCCCCUGUCCCCUGGGCCUUCUCCCUGCCCCUCGUCCAGCUGUCGGUCUGCAGGCCUCAGCUCAGUGCCCUGAGCGCAGGCCACUGCCCUGUUCUGUGGCCUCGGGCAGGUGGAGUCUGGCUGUAGGGACAAUGAUUUGAGAAGACUGCCUCUGAGGCUUCCCUAGACAGCACUGCCAAAGCUUUGGAAUUGUCGCCCGAGGCUGCCUAGACUCCCUCACCUGAGUUCAAGUUGCCAAUAGCCCCCAUGGUGCCAAAUUUGGGGAUGAUUUUACAGUCUUUUAGAAGCGAAGCUGGGAAAGAACAGGCCGUGCUCAUGAGCCCCCAGCAGGAUGCCAGCCCAGGUCCUCAUAAUGCACUGCGCUGCUGCUACUGCUCCCCGGUAAUGUGGACUCUUAAAAUAGGUUGGGAUUUAGCGGGGAGUGGGGGAGGCAGGAAAAUCUUUUAAAAAAUUCAUUGUAUUUGCAAUUCUCUAAUCAAAGGAAUAAACAGUACUUAUGUGGAAACUCCAAAGCUAGUUCCCAAGACCUGCAUUUAUUUUAUGUGGCCAACUUGCCCAAGGCACUUAACUCUGAAGUCCUGUUCUAAUAUGGCGUGACUGACCCGUGUGAAGACGUUACUGGUCACCAGUGGCUACUGGUGAUUCCUCGCUGUGAAUCAAGGUUCUGGCCUCUUGAAUCUUGUCUAUGGAACAAGAAUAUUACAGAGAGCGUUUUAUAGAGUGAAGGAGCUUAUGAAAUCUGGGUAGUUUAAAACAGGCCUAAUCUCAUACACCUGUAACGAACAUUCAACCCGCGUACAUUUUGUGCAAACAGCAUUGCGUUUCAGUUCUAUCUGAAGUGAUUCUAGGAAAUUGAUUACACUGUUGAAUUGAUCCCUGAGGAAUCUGGUUAUUAAUACAUGAGGGAUUCACAAAGGCAGGGCUCCCUUUUUCCUUUGCCAGGCACACCUGGAUCUUCUGGAUUGUUUUCCUCUCAGCUGCCAAGUCUAACUCUUGCAACUGUGUCAAUGCAGAAGGUUUAGAAAGGGCAACAUUUCAUUUGAAAGUAUAGGAAUACAUACUCUGGGUAAAGCUUUAUUUUCCAAUGGUUUCAGAAAUUUUCUUCCUCCUUUUGACCCAUCAUUAAACUGAUCUUCCCUUAAUAUUCCCCCAAAACUGCCUUAGCUUGUCACACCAGCAUUCUUGACCCAGCUCUGCAGAAAUGACGUGACUGUUAGAUGCCAUGCUGGGGCCUAUUUAAUUGCCUCUGGAUUAAAUUGUUGAUAUCUAGACUUUUUGAGCUAGUUGGCUGAACACCGCAGGAGUGAUAGAAUCCAGUGUUCCCCAAAGUGUGUUCCACAGAACACAAGUUCUAAAGAUGCUCUUUCCUCCAAAUAUAGAGUUCCAGGGUCAAUGACUUUGGGAAACAUAUUAUCUUAGAAAGUUCAUGCAUAUAAGCACAGUGAAAAUUCUAAUUUAAAGGUCCUAAAGAGGGAAAAAACACAUCACAAAUGUCAUUUCAGUUAGCUCAGUGUUUUCCAGAUUAAUAUGACCACAGAAACUUUUUUGAGUGACACCUAGUGACAGGAGCUCGUGUUCCAUCCGCCCCACUUUGGGAAAUUCUGGCGUAUGGCAACGUUACUGUUUUCUCAUUCACUGUGACUCUUGAUA